AUGUGGUUGCGUCCUGUCUUCCUGCUCAUCCUCCUGGUCCUCAUUAUCUGGCACUUUGUCCGACUCAUGCCCGGCGAGGACGGCGUGGAGACAGUAGUCAAGCUGGCCUUCACGUGGUGCCGGCCUUGCAAGGCUUUCUGGCCGCGGUUUCAGAAGUACGCCAAGAUCUACAGCAACACCCGUUUCGUCAAGAUUGUGGGCAACGAGAAUGAUUCUUGCAAGCACUACGCGAGGGACGUAUUGAAGGCGAAGAUCUCCCCGAUGUUCGCCGUUUACAGACAAGGCGAGUUGGUUGCCACGUGGAACGGGGCGAACAAUGGGCGGUUCAUCGAGAAAAUCGAGGAACACCUCGCCAGCGCCAGGGAGCUGGCGUCCAGUCGCGAGGACGCUGUGGCGUCGGACGAGUCCAUCGCGCCCGCUCCGCCCGCCGCCUGA